UCUUAACAAAAUUAUCAGGCCACAGUCAUAUUUCUCAAUACGUUCCGAACAGUGAUCGUGGCAGCAAUUCUUGAAUUUUUGCGAAAUAUUUCCUGCAGUGAAUUAAGUUUCAGUGCUGAAAACUAUAGUUUUGUGAUUUUUUUGUGGUAUAAUCCUUUGAAUCUUUGGUGACAACCUAACAGACUCUUGAGAGCGAGAUACGUGCAAUCUAUCUAUUGACACUUUAAACUUUUUUAAACAACUUUUCAAAACAUAGUGUUUGUGUUGGCUCCUUAAAACCUCAUCGCAUAUAAGUGAACUUUUUAUAUUUUUACGUUUUACCAUUUGUAAAAAGACUUUAAUGGUCGUCCUGAGCGGAAAAGGGGAACCACACUUCAAUAAUUUACCGGAUCAGUUCCGCUUCCUUACGGAACCCGAGUACCUUGAUUCUGCGUGGGCUUCUGAAGUCUCAUUUGCGAUUUGUGAAGAGUGUGAAAAGAUGCCUGCUAUCCCGCAAGGGGCAUUUGCGACCUAUAAGGUGCGUGCGCAAAAGGAAAAGGAUCUAACUGUUUCAACCAUCAAAAUUACGGAUAAACCGGAGCCGAAAAUUGAUAAUAAAAAAUUGCUGGAAUAUACACCAGUGAAAUACAACAGCAAGCUAAUGAAGUCCAUCUGGGGACUAUAUAAUCGCUACUCGCCUCAUAAUAUGAAGGGAAAUGAUGAUGAUGGCUGCUACGAGGAAGUAAAGCUGCAACAGCCAGUCGCUGUUGCUGCUUUCGCCAUUGCUGAAAAUUUGGCAAUGGCUUUCAGCUCUGGAAACGAAUGGACGUUUCCAGGCAAACCUGAGUGUUAAUGGUCUUUUAUUAAAUGAUCUCUAACACAUCUAUCAUAUAUGUAUUAUGAUAAAUAUGGAAUUAUAUUUAGAAUAGGUGGAACCUUAUUGAAAUGUGAAUAAUUUGACAAAGAUACAAUUUUAAAUAUGGGGUUACAUGUGAAUAUUUGAUAUAAUAAACAUGCAUAAUGUGUUUUGAUA